AUGGACGCCCCUCAACUGUAUCUUCCAGAGUCUUUUAAGGGUGCCUGUGGAAGAGCUGGCCAGUACCGAAGACUCCAGCAACCCAGAAAGAAAAAUGGCCCCUUCAAAAGGAAGGGGAUGGAAAGAUGGCAUAGAGCUGUGUCUACCAACCUAGUAAAACAAAACAUAUUGGUGCCCAAAGACGAAACGUCUGGGGAUAGCGACAUGGAAUUUCAUGAAAGCCACCAAAAUACAAAAAAAAACUGGAUGAAGAAAAUGAAGACUGUUUUGGGAAGGAUGCUGUUCUAUAAAAGUAGAAGCAAGUCAGCAAAUGGCAGCAGAGGGGCCUCCGCUAACCCUAAGGAAACUUUCCCUUCAAACCCUCAGAGCCUUCUUCCUAGAAUUGUCAAGGACCUUCCGUCCGCCAGGUUAUUCAUGAAACCAAGAAUGAGAAAGCUGUCACAGAAUGCGACUAUACAACUUGAUGUUGUAGAAGCUGAGACAGAGGAGAUAACCCGAGGAAAUACUCUACUCCGGGCCAGGAGAACCACCAAGCGGUUGUCUGUGACAUCCCUUCCUUCAGGACUGCAGAAGGUUCCGUACUCAUCAAAAAAGAGAUCCCACUUUCCAGCACUCAAAAAAAAGAAACAUAGCGUGGAAAACAUCCUCCGAAAAUCAGAUUUGACAGUGGGAAAGCUUCAAAUGCAGGUGGAUGACCUCAUAGAAACAGUGACAGAUAAAUCCAUGAAGUUAUUGGCCCAAAGACAUGCGGAGCUUCAACAGUGUGAGUUUCUAGGGGAUGAAAUUCUUCAGUCUUCGAAGCAGUUCCAGAGGAUAUCCAAGAGAACCAUGAGGAAGUAUAAACUGAAAAAUGUAUGUUUCCCAUGUACCCGCUGCUGCUUCUGA